UCUCAAUCUCAUGCUUAUCAAUAACUUUGUAGUUAGAGUGAGCCGCCCUUGUUAGUAUGAUGCAGGAGCCACGAAAUAAGUCUGAAAUGAAUUUCGGCGCCUCUAUUUGGUUAAGCCACAGUCUCUGGUACCAAGUAAUUUCUGGUCUCUUUUUCUUCCUCUUCGUUGAGGUCACGCGGCACGCGAAACAGGCAAGGAGAAGUGUAAGGCCGCGUCUUUCCCGCAUUAUUAAAGUUGGUGCGAUUGUGGGCAGCGGCAGUCCUUUUCCCGUCUACAGCAAGAAAAUGAAGCAGGUGAAGCUUAUGGCUAGUUUUAGUCUUCACUUUCUUCACCUUACCCAGCACACUUUUCCUUUUCAUCUUCUAACUCAUAAAUAUGAGGGCAAAAUAGGGUCAAAGUCAAUGUCAAUUUGAACAACUACAACUAAAGCAAUCAUCAUAUGUGUUACGAGUCAGAACCGACAUACUGUAAACUAUUUACUUCAUCAAAAACGAGUUCAUCUAAGAAUUGUCCGGCAAAAGUUUCCGAUUACGUACCCAUUGCUGUGGAGCCAGAGAGAUACGAGUACGUAAAAUCCUCGCAGAAUAAUGGGGACUUCGGCUAUCUGCUUCUAAAACCAACAGGCUUGCUUUAAGGCGUUUUUUUAGUUGAAUUUCCAGCAUAAAUACUAAAUAGCAGUUGAUAUGUGCUGGGUACGGAAUGGGAGACACUCCAACAGCGGGUAGGUGUAGGACCAAAACACUGCGAAAAGAAGACGUUUCACUUUGGUCAUUCUGCAAACAAGCAACCUGCAUUGAUUCUUCUAACUCCCUCAAUCCUCACAACCUUCUGGCACAACAGAACAAAACCCAAAGGUCUCUUAUCCUUUACUGGUCUAUCUCCAUGGCGCUGGAGAGUCGGGAAGCGGUGAAGAGCCAGAAGGCGUCCUGCAAAUGGGCCAGACGGGUUCUGUUGUCAGCAUUAAGGAAGUUUUUUUGGUGAAAUGAUUUUUUAAAUAACGAACUGGGAGUCCGACUUUCGGUGAGUUCAUUUUUUUGAACAACUAGGCUAUACCAUUUGUUGAUUGCUCAAGUUUAUACCCACUUCUCUCACUUCUCGAUUUCGAACAAGCGGGUAAAGAUAUGUGCUCAGAGAAAAGAAGACUCCUACUCCUAUGUGCUCAGACUCCUACUCCAUUGAAACUAGCUCUAACAUCCUUCUCUCCGGACAUUGUAAAGUAAUGAAGGCUGGCACUUCCUAUUCAAGCGAUCCUACGAAUCUCGCAGAAGUGGAUUGCGAACGAUGCGAGAUCAGCCCUAGCAUCUUUGAGACCCUGCGGAAUGAAUUCGUCGUAUUAGCACCACGUACGAAUCGAGGUUGGCGUGGCCAAGCGGUGAGGACCUUUGUGAAGAAUUUUUUGCAAAGAUAUGCUGAAGCACUUUAAGUAUUUUACUGGGAGGCGCUUUGCAUAUGAUUAUGAAAAUAUGAAACCCCUAAAAAUUGUUAAAAAUGGUGGAUUUACAGACCGUCACUAUGCCCCUUGCUUCAUAUUUCUGCAUUACAAGCACCUCCCCCCCGUAGGAGCUAUACCUCUUUGCCCUCCUCCUCCCCUUCUUCUCAUCCGCCGGAGAAUGAUGCGGCUGCGGAAGACGCGGUAGGCAUGACGCUGGCCGUCUGUACAUUUCAUUCUGCUGCGCUCGCGCGCUCAGUAGACACGCAAUGCCUACAAUAGCAGGAGUGUGCGUUGUAUGUGUACGCAACGCGCUCCUGCUGGCUGGGACUGGCGGCGGACGUGGACUUGGACAGGUAUGUUUUAUUUUAUGCUUUCAUGUAGAACUUUCUUUGAUACACUUUCGCCCUGCAGUUGUAUACUAUAAGUAUAGAUAUAGUUAUAUAAGAGUAUGAACUUCCGCAGCGGAUGACGAUGCAAUGACGCGCCCAGGUGCCCACUGAUUGUCGCGCCAUCUGCGACAGGCGUUGCGGGUAGACCUCUCGGGGGGCCUCGGGCUCUCCGAAAAAAUCGGCCCACCGCGCGUGGUGGGUGGAUUUCGGCUUGGUGCAGUGCGCUUCUAGGUCGGCUCGGUGGCAGGUGGAACACUCGGUGACGUUCGUGCCCCUCGAGAAAUCCGCCCACCACGCUUGGCAGGUGGAUUCUGGGAUUCCAGAUCUGGGAUUCCAGAUUGCGCUUUCCGGUCGGCUUGGUAGCAGGUGGAAUUCUCGAGGACCUUCGUGUUUCCCGAGAAAUCCACCCACCGAGCUCGGUGGGUGGAUUUUGGGAUGGCAAAUUGCGCUUUUCGGUCGGCUUUGUGUGUGGCAGGUGGAAUUCUCGGGGACCUUGGUGUUCCCCGAGAAAUCCACCCACCACGCGUGGUGGGUGGAUUUCUCGGGCAGCUGAGGGGUGCCCGAGAUCCAAAACGGGUGAAAAAGCGUUAAUUUUGGGUGAAGAGGCGCUGUUUUGGAUCCCGGGGGCCUAUCGCCUCCCCGAGAAAUCCACCCACCAAACUUGGUGGGUGGAUUUUGGGAUGGCAGAUUGCGCUUUUCGGUCGGCUUGGUUGCAGGUGGAUUUCUCGGGGCGCUUUGGGUUCCCCGAGAAAUCCACCCCCCGAGCUUGGUGGGUGGAUUCUGGGACCCCAGACUGCGCUUUUCGGUCGGCUUGGUAGCAGGUGGAAUUCUCGGGGACCUUCGGGGCCCCCGGGUGGAUUUUGGGAUGGCAGAUUGCGCUUCUCGGUCGGCUUGGUUGCAGGUGGAAUUCUCGGGGACCUUCGUGUUCCCCGAGAAAUCCACCCACCAAACUUGGUGGGUGGAUUUUGGGAUGGCAGAUUGCGCUUUUCGGUCGGCUUGGUUGCAGGUGGAUUUCUCGGGGCGCUUUGGGUUCCCCGAGAAAUCCACCCCCCGAGCUUGGUGGGUGGAUUCUGGGACCCCAGACUGCGCUUUUCGGUCGGCUUGGUAGCAGGUGGAAUUCUCGGGGACCUUCGGGGCCCCCGGGUGGAUUUUGGGAUGGCAGAUUGCGCUUCUCGGUCGGCUUGGUUGCAGGUGGAAUUCUCGGGGACCUUCGUGUUCCCCGAGAAAUCCACCCACCACGCCGGGUGCGUGGAUUUCUCGAGGCGCUUCUGGUUCCCAGAGAAAUCCACCCGCCGACCGAGCGUGGUGGGUGGAUUCUCGGGCAGCCAGUGGCUUCGUGAGGUCCACAGACAUCGUCUUUUUGUAUCGUCUUCCAGAGAGAGUAGCCGGCCUCAGAAGUCGAGACGCAGUUGCUUUUUUCUGUUCUAUUUCUUGGAGCUUUCUUGUUUCUUUGCUAGAUUUAUACUAGUUGCUUUUCUUCGUUUGCGCGUUUCUUCAUCGAAGAUUUUAGGAUGGAGAGGAAGAGAGAUCGACUACUUCAGCGAGAGAUGCUUUAGAACGAUUCUUUGUCAGAGGGCUUGCGUUUUUUGUCAUGAGAAGUAAGAGAGCAAAACGCUUUAUUUUUUUUAGUUUUGUUUUGUGCGAUCAUGAGCUAGACUUGCUUCUUUUUGUUGCUUCGAUGAGUUUGCUUUCGUAGUUGUAGGUAGAAUCUUGGUCGAGCCGUAUUUCUAUAUGCUUGCUGAGUUACACUUCCUGCCAUCAUGCGCACGCACUGAUGAGCGCCUCGUUUAUCUUGCCCAAUUCUUUACACCCAGGUCAAUAUCGAUCGGACCCAGACGGCCGCGUGACUGAGUUCCUUUCGACGAUCCCUCGUUUCGAGGCCGUUUAGAAAGAUCGACUGCCGUCCAAGCAUCCAGCCGCCGCCGUCUUCUGCUGUUCCCGGUUCUCAUGCGCUACAUUGUAGGGUAUGUUGGGUGUUCCGCAGCGAUCCCAGCGACCCGGAGGUGCGGCCGUGGGGGCUGAUGCUUGGGCCCCUACCAGCUGGCCGCGACAACCCCAAUAGUCGGAUAUUUAGUGAGCUUUGUAACCACAAUAUCUACCACCAUUUUUAGCAUGAUUAGAUAUGAAAAAUUACGUCUCAACAGAAAUUCUGAGUUGAAAAUCUUGCCUACUUACAGGCUUUCCGCUAAAAGGGGACCAGCGGAAAUUAAAAGUCUAUAUUCGUGUAAACAUCCUCGUCUAUAACAGACAAGGCGAUCGACGAAAUCUGCAACAGACGACCUGGUCUUAUGAUGCGAGAGCCAUGUUUUGUGUCCUCUAUUGGUAUUUCGAUUCCGCAGAAGCUGCAAACCACUGGUGUAGUGCCGAUGAAGCAUCAACUACUUCAGUUUAUCGAAUACUACGAACUGAAUCUCAGCAAACUUCAGCUUCAUCAACUACAUGUUGCUGUUUCUACUAAGAUUCGCUAAAAAGUUGAUGUUGUGACCAAUUAUUUCUAACCACCUUCGCCACCGCAGUACCCGUUUGCGCAGCAGGGGAUGUAGAUGCAUCCAAAGUGCCGUUAGAAACCUCUAUUUGGGCUUGGCAUGCAGUCAAUGACCAAGUCGUUCCCGUUGAAUAUACAGACGAUUAUGGCCGCUUAGUUUUUCGUUUAUCUUGGUUCGUUUUUGGUUUUUAGUUUAUCUUGAUUCGCUGUUGAAAUAACAGAUUAUAGUUGGGGCAUACGGCUACGCUCUCUGACCCCUGGUUGCCGCUCUCUGUCCCCUGGUUCGACACGCGCUUAUCUUCCUAAGAUGCAUGGCUUCUAAGAUGUAGGUUUAUAAGUGCUGCGCUUCUUCUUCUAAGAUGGAGCAGUGAAUGCUCUGAAGACUUACCGCACCGCCGCUCAAAGAGGAGGAAAAAGCACACAUGACCUCGUGAAGUACACGCGCGAUUCGAAAGCACCAGCCCCAGCAGGAUGGCCGCAAUAUCCAGGCCAUGCUGGGUGGGUCUCAGCUUACCGCAAAGAGGAGCUCUAUCGAUGGAUGCUAGAGAAAAAGGUCGUUCUUGACACAUUAAGAGCAAGGACUACGGGAACAAAAAAGCAAGAACUUUUCUUGUAAGAUGGUGACCUUUGAUGUCGAAGACGUAAUAAUUGUGAAGACGACGAAAUAUAUAUCUACUAGAAGAUGCAUGACAAUGUGGAUGUUGUAUGCAGGAAUUUAACAAGAGCGGGUGUAACGACGCAGCAAGAACUUUUCUUGUGAGGUAACGUGGCAGUCACCAAGAGGUCUAGCACGUCUAACCAGGAAUCUUUUGAAAAAGUGCCCAUCUUUAAACGCUAUCACAUGCACUAACGAACGUACCCAUACCAGCUGCACAGAGGUACAGGGGGG